GCCGAGCCGCUGUCGCAAAAUCUCUUCAAUCUAGAACCGAAGCGAUGGCGACCGUUAAGAGCGAAACUGUCGCCUACCUUUACAUCUCGUAAAUUGAAGGAGAUGUUCUCGUUGAUAUCAGAGUGCGCCGACCAUCUUAUGGAUUAUACGGAAGAAUUAGCGAGAAGGAAUGAGCCCGUAAAGUGCCGUGAGCUGAUGACCAAAUACGCGAUUGACGUCAUCGGUAGGUGCGCCUUCGGCAUCGAGAUGAAUGCCCUGUUGAACGACGACAGCGAUUUUUGCAGAAUAAGAAGAAACAUGUUUCGUCCACCCUGGUCGGAUUUCCUGCGAUACAAAAUCAAUAAUUAUUUACCGUUGUUGUACGAUGUCUUAGGCUACAUCCUGCCGGAUACGGAGAUCACAGACUUCUCCACGCGUUUUGUCGUGGACAUUAUAAACUACAGGGAAAAGAAUAAUAUUGUUAGAAAAGAUUUCAUUGACACGCUACGCGAGUUAAAGAAACAUUCAGAUAAAGUGGGCGAUUUCG